AAGCGCCACUAUGAUAAGACUUGAAUGUGCCCAAGUCCAAAGUUCCAUAGCGCUUCUUGUAGGAAGAGGACGCCAGUCAUAUCGCGAGGGAGACGCACUUAUGAUGGACUUUGAAAGCAAAGCCGCGUGGAGUCUGACGCGACAUUGCACAAGUUGCCCUCAGUGGGAAAGUUUGGUCUCGGUGAUUGUAAAGUCUGACUUCAUUCCUCGAGGGGACACGGGACACCAGCAUGUGGCACGACAAAAAACAGUUUUGCGUUUAACAGUGAAGAUCAGUAGACUUGUUUUUUAGACGACAUAGUGGAGUUAAAAGCAGGAGCUCCCAGUGGAGUAGGCUACAUUACUGAGAGUGCCUAUUAACCAUUAAUUUAUGAAAAUGAAUAUACCGCAGGAAAUAUGUGUUUAUUUCUUUUCUUUGUCGGCGCUUGGGGUACUAUACACCAUGAACAACGUUCCAGCCUUCCAACAUCCACAGGUCAUCCCGGUCGUUGGAGUGGUCGUGAUGCUGGCGGUGUUCCUGGUGGUUUACCUCGCCGUCCGACACAGACCCCCUAAAGACCCCCUCUUCUACGUUUUUGUAGAGUUUUCCUUCACCUGUGUGAUCAGCCUGGUCAUCGCCCUGGAGCAGGAUAGAUUCACUUCAGGAUUCAUGGAAUUCUAUCAAAAGACGGGGGAGCCCUACGUAGUGACAGCAUACGCCAUUAUGAUGUCAUACUGGGAUGGCGUGGUACACUUUCUGUUGUACCUCUUCAUGGUGCAGCGCAUGGCCAAUGAGAUGUCUUACCGCAGUAUGGGGCUGUUCUGGGCCGGGUCGCUGUUGGCCAACAUGGCCGUGUACGUGCCGGGGAUCAUCAUCGGAAAAUACGGCGCGUACAUUUGCCCCACCUAUUGGCUAAACUUCCCCUUCCUGUUCGGGGCCUUGUGGGGGGCCAUCUCCCUUUUCAAUAGGCCGAGGGAGCUGCCAAUCAUCCCAGCUGACCAGGUGGCAGCAGAGCAGAAGCGUGGUCUCCUCUCCCGGCCCCUGGACCUGCUCCUGGUGCUCUUCCUGGUUGGGGCCAUGGGCUUCACGAUCUUCAGGGGCUUUGUGGUUCUAGAUUGUCCCCUAGACUCCUGUUUCACCUACAUCUACCAGUACGAGCCGUACCUGAAGGACCCGGUGGGCUUCCCGCGAUUCAUGAUGCUGCUUUACCUGUUCUAUGGCCUGCCACUCCUGGCUCUGUUCGUCUACGGGCUUUGGAAACCAGGCUGCACCUGGAUGCUGGACUGGUCUCUGUUCUUUGCAGGGGCUAUAGCUCAGAGCCAGUGGUGCCACACCGGGGCGUCGGUGCACCACCGCACCCCGUUCACGUACCGGCUCCCCGAGGGGCGGUGGUGGGCCAUCGUGGGGGUGAACCUCCUGUACGCGGCGGGACCCCAGCUGCUGGCCCUGCGCUGCGCCCUCCGCCCCGCCUUCUUCCUCAAAACCGUCCCGGCGGACCGGGCCGAUCGCCAGAAGAAGACCAACUGACCGCCGCGCCGCAAACCCCCGCAAGCUCCGCCCCCAGCCCCCCCUGCGAUCGCUUGCGCAUGAAGACCGAGGGGAACUCUGCCGGUGAGUCUGUGUGAGCUGAACUCUGAACUGAGCUGUCAACACGUCCGCCGACCGAUCGCGGACCCUUGGACCCGAGAUUAUCGCCACCACCUCUUUGCAAACAACCGCGGAUCUUACGGGCGGACGACCCAACCCCACAACGAAACUUCAGCAGCCAGACGGACUCCUAAUCCGACUCCCUCCCAGGCUUUAUGGCCCAGUGGCUGAACGUACGGAAUUUGGACUGGAUCAGCGUGGUCUGAUAUGAACGAAGUCACGUUCAAUAAAAUACUGAGGAAGGGAAAACAACUGAGACACUUACAGAACGGUCACACAAAUCAUGGAAUACAGAUGCAUUCUGGGAUCGUUCUCACUGGCCAACAUUCAAAAUUCCGAAUGUAUGCAUAUUUCCCGUUCUAAACGUGUUUUGAAUACCCUGUUUACGAAUACCCUUUUUUUAAAUUUACGCUUGUAAUUAAAGUGCAUAAAUAGAUAGAUAGGUCUUUGCAAUUCAUGCCAAUAUCUUAUUAUUUUUGGAGGUACUAGUCUCAGGAACCAAUUUUCCAGUUAAUUGAAAAGUUUCAGCUUUGCACCCACAUUCACUCAUGCACACAGUUUAGUUAAUUAGACAGUAUUCUGAACAAGGGAAUUAAGACCACUUCUUUAUUCAGCAUUUAUUUCGUUUUUUACAUUUUUUUAUUUUUAUUCUAUUUUACAGAUUCCAUUGCUGAAUACAGAAGUUCUAUGUAUUAAUUGUGAAUGUUCUAAUCUCGGGGCUGUGAUAAUGAACACUUGGCGUGCUCGUGAAACAGGGUCACUGCACCAGACUGCCCGCUCGUUAAAAACUUUCACUAAGUCACCCUGGGCGCCAUGGGGUUGCUUCGCUUUUAAGAGCAAUCAGAGAGGUUUCGAGGAGCCGUUAAUGAGCUGAGGUACAAUUAAGCGACCGUUGCUUUGAUUUUGCCCUUCAGAGCAUAACACAGCCAUUGGUUCAAAUCAGCGAAUCAGCGAGUUAACGAUGGCAUGUUGCUCCGCCCAUUUUUAAAGAUGCAUUCUCCCAUGACUGGGUUUUUUUUUUUUUUUUUUUUUUGCAAAACCUUAAAAUUUUAGUGUUUAAAUAUAAUAUUCAGGCACGUUCUGUGAAUGAAAUCCAGAACACAUGCUUGGUAAGGAAUUUAUUACCAAGCAUGGGGGGGGGGGGGGGGGGGGAGUCGCAUGGCAAAAUACGUCUGUGAAACCCGCGGGGCUCGAUUUGAGUCAUGUUGUGGGGGGUGUACUCUAACCUGGAGCUAACUUCCUUAUGACGUAGAGCGGAAAGUGGUCGGCAGCGCCUCUGAUGACGCUCAUGCUUAGGAUGACAAUUUUUCUCUGGCAAACGGAGCAGACAGACGCCUUCGCGACCCUAAACUGUUCUGAUUUUGGGCCAGACUGUUUAUUUCAUCUCUCGCUGGAUGACGUUACUGGACUCUGGUAAACUUUGCCCUCCUUGCAGGUCGCAGUGAUAUAAAAAAAGAUGACUAAUGAACGUA